CAGGCCUUCAAAGCCAUAUUUACCUCUUCCUCCUCUGCAAAGGAAGUGGCUGGUGAUGGCGAUGGCACCAAUGUCAUUGAAAACAACAGACACUCUGAGAAAGGUAUGUCAGGCAAGAAGGUGAAUACCCAUGUCACACAAAUAAUUAAGAUGCAUAAAGUCUCACCUCGGUCAAUCACUUAUGUAGCAUGUCAAUUACAAUUUGCAUUAUCAUCAGUAACCUCAUGGUGCUCAAUGGACAAUGACUUUGACUAUGUCCAGUUCUGGUACAAUGUUGUGGACUUUUUUGAAAGAGCCCCUGGUCGAAUCACGCAACACAAUAUUGACUGUCUCCUAAAAUGGUGG